GGAACCGCCAUCUUGAAAAGUGCCCUCCGAUGAUAUACCUUUUCGCGCCUGUCAGAAUCAGUUUUAAACGCUUUAUUUUCCUCGCCGGAAUUUUGUGUUAUUUCUGUAUUGGGUUUUGUAAAGCUCGGGGCUAAUGGCAAGAUAAGCUACAUACUGGAGACUCGUCGUUUGCCGUUGUCUGUCGGUGUGUGCUGUUGAACUGCUGUAUGUGUGCCGUUUGUCAGUCUGUCCAUCACCGCUGUCUGCCUGCCUGUCCGUCCGGCUAGCCUGGAAUGGGCCACAACUCCCAAAGACUAGAACACACCUCUUUCUAACCUGAGCUCCGCCACCUGGACUCCAACAAACACACAGCCAACAUGUUUUGGAAAUUUGACCUCCACACCACGUCCCACAUCGACACGCUGCUAGAGAAGGAAGAUGUGACGCUGACGGAGGUCAUGGACGAAGACGACGUCCUGCAGGAGUGCAAGGCCCAGAACCACAAACUGGUGGAAUUCCUGCUGAAACCACAGUGCAUGGAGGACCUGGUCACCUUCAUCACACAGGAACCCUGCACUGAUGUUGAGGAGAAGGUUAAAUACAAGUAUCCCAACAUAUCCUGUGAGCUGCUUACAUCAGAUGUGGGUCAGAUCAACGACAGACUGGGAGACGAUGAGAAACUGCUGAUGAAACUUUACAGCUUUCUCCAGAAUGAGCCGCCUCUCAACCCGCUCCUGGCCAGCUUCUUCUCCAAGGUCCUGUCCAUCCUCAUCGGACGCAAGCCUGAACAGAUAGUGGAGUUUCUGCGGAAGCGCGAGGAUUUCGUCGACUUGAUGAUCAAACACAUCGGGACGUCCGCCAUCAUGGACCUGCUGCUUAGAAUGCUCACCUGCAUCGAACCACAACAGCUACGACAGGAUGUUCUCAACUGGCUGAAUGAAGAGAAGGUGAUUCAGAGACUUGUGGACAUGGUACAACCUUCUCAAGAUGAGGAUAGACACUCCAAUGCCUCCCAGUCGCUGUGUGAGAUAAUCAGACUGAGCAGAGACCAGAUGUUCCAGGUCCAGGGCUGUUCAGAACCCGACCCACUACUGUCCACACUUGAAAAGCAAGAGACGGUGGAGCAGCUGCUGACUAAUAUCUUCGACAAGGAGAAGAAUGAUUCUGCAAUUGUCAGUGUUAUCCAGAUCCUCCUCACAUUGUUUGAGACAAGGAGACCAGCGUUUGAGGGUCAUAUGGACUGUCCCCCUGGGAUGUCCCACCCUUCAUUCUCAGUCAACCACAGCAUCUUGGAGGCUGUAAGACCCCGACUCAAAGACUUUCACCAGCUGCUACUGGAACCCCCAAAGAAGAAUGUGAUGAAGACAACGUGGGGGGUGCUGGAUCCUCCUGUGGGCAACACCAGGCUCAAUGUGGUCAGACUGGUGGCCAGUCUGUUGCAGAGCAACACACACAGCAUCAACACGGAGCUCAUUAACCUUAACACACUGGGAGUCAUACUAGACAUGUAUUUCAAAUACAUCUGGAACAACUUCCUCCACAUUCAGGUGGAGAUCUGCACAGCCAUGAUUCUGGCUAUGCCCCCUGCCCCCACUGACAUCCAACCAGAGACGGAGCAGGAACAUGCAAGAGAGAGCAUCCUCAUCAAACAUCUGUUUCAAAAGUGCCAGUUUAUACAGAGAAUUGUAGAGGCCUGGAGCUCCAAUGAGAAAGAACAGGCGGAAGGUGGUCGGCGACGAGGUUACAUGGGUCACCUCACCAGAAUAGCCAACUCUAUAGUUCAUAACUGUGACAAAGGCCCUAACGGACCGCAGAUACAACAGCUCAUCUCUGAGCUUCCAGCGGAGGACAGAGAUAAAUGGGAGGCCUUUAUUUCUGGGCAGCUGUCUGACACAAACAAGAGAAACACUGUUGACCUGGUGAACACACACCACAUCCACUCUUCAAGUGACGAUGAGGUGGACUUUAAAGACAGCGGCUUUCACCAGGACUCUUCUCUACAACAAGCCUUUUCUGAUUAUCAGAUGCAACAAAUGACGUCCAAUUUUAUUGAGCAGUUCGGCUUCAAUGAUGAAGAGUUUGCUGAUCAGGACGAUGUUGUGGAUAUUCCCUUUGAUAGAAUAUCAGACAUCAAUUUUUCUCUGAAUACAAAUGAAAGUGCGAAUAUAGCUUUGUUUGAGGCACGCUGUAAGGAGAAAAUCCAGCAGUUUGAAGACGCUGGUUCAGAUGAGGAGGAUAUCUGGGAUGAAAAAGAUGUCACCUUCGCACCAGAGGCACAGAGGCGCCCCAGGAGUUCAGGCAGCACAGACAGUGAAGAGAGCACAGACUCUGAGGAGGAGGAUGUGAAGAGAGAUCCAUUUGAAGCCCCCAACCCCAGCACCGAUGACAGAAUGGAGGUCGACACAGGGCCAGUGUGGACAGCCAACUUUGAUGACAUCCCCAUGGACACAGGUACCUCCACAGCUCCAGCUUCUAGCCCCACCAACCCUGCUCCCUCCUCUCCCCUGUCCCCCUCCUCCACCUCCACAGAAGCCCUGUCAGAUUCAUCAUGGAGCUCCUCUCCUAAUGCUGCCUCUAGCACUGCAACAACAGGCUGGGCUGACUUCUCCAACUUCACCCCCAUCAGUCCCAAAGACCCUCUGAGGUGCAACUCUCCUGUUGCCAUGGAAACCAGCAUAGAGACAGGGGACCCGUUGGGGGUCAAUGCACCCAUGCAGCCUGAAGAAUGUGACGGCUGGUUGGGAACCAGUGUGGCUUCACCCUCCUCCACCUCCUCUAAGGAUUGUGGGAAAUCUAAAGCAGAGGAGGAAAUAACCUGCAACGAGCAGCGUAGCAUCACAGAGACGGUCAUCAACGGCUCCAUGAAAGAAACAGUCAGUCUCACUGUCGACGCCAAGACUGAGACCGCCGUUUUCAAAAGUGACGAAGAGAAGAGCGCCUCUUCAGACAAAUACUCAGCAGGGGAGUGUCAGGAUUCAGAGAGAACAGGAGUCAACAGCUCAGCCGCUGCCUGCUGUCCCAAAACAGGUGAGAAGUGUCGGUCCACUGCGGAGCUUCCCAAUGGUCCUCUAGAGGACAUGUCAGCCAUAGAGGAGGCCAAAUUGGACCAGAGUGCCGCGUCCUCAGAGCCAACCGUCAACGGGCCGGCAUGAAGGUCGCCUAGUGACAGCCAAUGGCCAGCCUGUUCUGCCAUGCAGGGCCCUCCUCCUGGCCAUUCAGCGGAGGCCACUGCUCAGAGCUGUACCAAUCACACGCCCCCACCAGGACCAGCAAUACUCCCAUCGGCUCAUCACUGACAGUCAGACAGACAGAGAGAGAAAGAGAGAGAGAGAGAAAAAGAAUGAGAGAGAGACAGGUGUACAGAAAGAAGAUGAACUGAAAAGCAAAAUGAGAGACAUACUCAAAUGGAUACAGAAUAAUUUUUUUUCUGCAUUUGUUUAUAUACUAUUGUUCUUAUGAGGUGAUGUGCGACUGAUAUCUUGCCACUCAAAAAUUAAAUAGUAAUGUUGCUAUAGUUAAAGAAAUGAUUGUAUGAAUAAAAUAUUUUAUAAAAAGAAAAAUGUAUACAGAAACAUACGAUGAAUCACCACACGAGCAGGAACAGCAGAUCGAUGAGCCGACCAAACACUAAGCUGGUGUUAGCGGCUGAAUCUGUUACCCUGCUAACAGUCACACUUGAUCUAUUUAAAAAACAAACAAACAAAAAAAAGUCUCACCCACCAUUUGAUCUGUGUCUCUGAGCGACGCUGCUCCAACCAAUCGAAACACAUUUUAAACUUCACUCAAAAGUUUUUAUUUUGCUGCAGGUAUUCUAUGUAAAUGUUUCUCUCUUGUAUUCUUCUCUGCUUUGAUUUAGAAUUGACACGCCUUUUUUUGGUAUAAUUUUUUUAAUUUAUUAUGGAAGUGAGAUGAUGGUUAUGUUUUGUUACUAAAGAGCCAUACCCAAAUGUUCUCUCUCCUUCUAGCGGGCUGCGUUCAUGCUAACCAGGUUCAUACCUCACAAGCUAGAAGGUUAAACAUGAGAGAUGACAUCAUCAUCACAGCCUCAAUCUGAGCAUGUGUUUUUUAGCCCUAACUUCUUUUUUUUUUUCUAAUCUCAAGUGCUUUUUUUUUACACCAGUGCUCCUCAACUUUGGGGGUCUCCCUUUAGAUCACAUUCACUCUUAUUAACUCCCAUUGCAGGAAUUCAGAAUUUACCUUACUGCAGCAUUUUAGAGAAAUAUUUUUUAGGGAAAUGAAAGGGCUGCUUCAGCUCAACUUUAAGCAGGAACGUGAAAUGAAAUCAAAACUACAUUUAGCAGAAUAGGAGUAUUUCUGGUAAGUGAAAUCAUCCUCUACUCUGUAAGAUCACAGUAGAGCCACAUGUAAAAACUGCAUGUCUGAAGACGACCAGUUAAAAUUAUGGAUGUGGGAAAAAAAGAGGUGAAAUCUGCUCACAGGUGUUUAUUCUAAAAGCUAAACUCAGACUAAAUAGCACAGUGUUAAGAAAACAGCUGUGCUGGUGGUGUGGGGGCAAUGUUUAUACAGGUACUGUUAAAAACAUGGAAAUAGAUCCACGAAGUUCAGUUUGACUAAUUGAUGUCAGUGAAGCGCUUAUCAGAUGCUGAAACACUGCACAGAACUGUUAACAUGCUGUCUUAUUGGAUUAUAACGUCUAAUCUAGAAGGAAUGUGAACUAGCACGUUCCUGAUUGGCUAGAACAG